AUGAACAAGUGGGACCCCAGGAUGUUAGGUCAAGGCUUCUCUGAGUUCAAUGAGAUGUUGGACGAGUACCAAAGUGGUCAGUUGACCAGUGUGGAACAUGUGUACAAGGUUCACCUGCUGCCCGCGGCACACGCUGCCCGCUCACCGCGCACUUCCGUCCCGGCCACAGACACAAGAAAAUGGUUGUUUGGGGGCUGGGAGGAGACAGUGUCGGGCAGGUCAGUCAGGGCCGAGACCCGCAGCCGGGCCAAGGACGACAUCAAGAAGGUGAUGGCUGCCAUCGAGAAAGUGCGGAAAUGGGAGAAAAAAUGGGUUACUGUGGGUGACACAUCGCUUAGGAUAUUUAAGUGGGUUCCUGUGACCGACAACAAGGAGAAAGAAAAGUCAAAAUCGAAUGGUUCAGACAAUUCCUCUCUCCUUCUUGAAUUCCAGGAUGAAAACAGCAACCAGAGUUCUGUGUCUGAUGUCUAUCAACUCAAGGUGGACAGCAGCACCAACUCAAGCCCCAGUCCCCAGCAGAGCGAGUCCCUGAGCCCAGCACACACCUCUGACUUCCGCACAGAUGACUCCCAGCCCCCUACUCUGGGCCAGGAGAUCCUUGAGGAGCCCUCCCUGCCUGCCUCAGAAGUGGCUGAUGAACCUCCCACCCUCACGAAGGAAGAACCAGUUCCACUGGAGACACAAAUGGCCACGGAAGAGGAAGACUCAGGUGCCCCACCCCUGAAACGCGUCUGUGUGGACCAACCUGCAGCGCCGCAGACAGCCUCAGAAAGCUAGCACCAUCCUGGCACCCUUCACCUCCUGGCCCCCUGCCUCUAUUUAUUGCAUUCUGGUUCUGACUGUACUGUGUUGCUGGGCUAAGGGCAAGCACUGGGGUCCAGAGCCUGCCCAUAGGAGCCUUCUAUUCUGGAAGGCUGACAUAGGACUUGGGGUUAUUGCAUCAUCUUCCCUCCCUGGCACCUAUGUCUGCUUGUUCCUGAGAAGAGGAAUGCUCAUGUCCUCUUUGUAUCCCAAGUAGGCUGGAGUAUCAGCCAUCCCAAGGUUUAUCUGUCACCUCCAGGUAGCAGUCUCCGCUCCAGAACCUCUGGACUGAGCUGCUGGCGCUUCUAUAAGAAGAAAGAGAUGUGGAAGGUGCCCUUUAGAGAAGAGGGCGCCAAGAGUUACUUGAAUUUGAUGGCGACUGUAGAUGUCUGGACUUUCCCUUAGGGCCAGGUGCCCUGUGGGCCGUUAUUGGAGGAUGCCUAGGUAGAGACUUUGGAAGGAAGGGGCUUUUCUCCACAUGAGGGCAAAGAAGUCCAUAUAGAUUUCUUGCUGCCCUGGCACCUCUGCCCAUUUCUGAGGUCAUCCUGCCUCUCAUGGGCUCUCUAGCUGCUGACAAUUCCCCCACCACCACCAAAAGAAAACUGUCUCCCCCCCACACACAUAUGCAGCUUUCUGUUCUUACCCGUACAUUUCAUUCCAGCAUUCUCUGCCUCCUGCCACAGUCCCCAGCAUUCAUGCCACAAAACCCCAGAAAGAAUUUGAAGUCUGACCACAGUACCCAUCCCCCAGAGUACUCCUUCAGCUCAGACUUUCUAGAAAGAUUCCCUUUCUUUAAAAUCUGCAUGUUUAAUUGAACUUCGUGAUUUUAUUUUUUGUUUCAUAAGAGUUUAAGAAAUGGAAAUGGGCAACAGUGAGUGAAGACAUAUUUUAGCACUGAAUAGAAUAUUUUUAAAAUUAAACUAUUUGAAAUAUG